CCGGAGGCUACGUCACUUCCGGUUAGAGGAUGUUUUUUCCCUUUGUGAGAUAAUUAGCAUUGGGUUUUUUUGUCUUUUUACUGCUUCAUUCAGCUUGUUUCGAGACAAAAACUCCCGUAACGUCAAGUAAAGCUUGAGGUACCCCCCACUGACACUGACAACCGGACCGCAGAUCAGCAGAGUCAUGUCUGCAGAAUUGGACCUGUCAACACCUGAGGUCCCUGAGCCCACCUUUCUAGAAAGCCUCCUGCGCUAUGGGCUUUUCCUGGGGGCCAUCUUCCAGCUCAUCUGCAUCCUGGCUGUCAUCUUCCCCACAGCCAAGUCUCACGAGCAGGAGGAGACUGAAUCCACUGAAGGAAAGGCCACUGACCAGGUGAAGAAACCCAAAGGACUCGCUCCGCAGAUCCGACAGAAACCAAAGAAAGAGAGCAAAAAGAAGCGAUAGUGCUGUGUGUUUGUGUGUGUUUUACCGGCUUGUGUGAAUGCAUUUGUAUGGUCAACAGUGAGUCCGCAUUGGCAGUUACCAAUACAAUUAUCACUACAGGUGUACCAAACAAUGUCAUAUUACAACAAUUAAAAUGAGGUGCAUUUAAUUCAAGACUCUUGAGGAUGACCUCGAUGUCCUUCACGUUCAAUGUGAAAACACUAAUUGUCAUUUAUCUUUUGAAUAUUUUUUUUAUGCAGCUAAAUAUUUACAGGGCAUUUGUUGCGCCUUAUUUUCUUUUAUAUUGAAUAUUACUUAUUUCAUUUUUGGGAUUUCAACUUCGAAAUAAAUACAUUAUGUGUGA